CGUUAGAAGUGAGCUCCAGAGCCCCUCAUACUCAUAGCGACCUGUGACCUUUCGGCUCGCAGGUUGCCUGGUCGCUCUCCGGCGCUCUCUGGACUGCACUGUUAAUUUCCUUAAAAGGAACUUAGAUCAUAUAGGCCACAACAUACACCGGGAAGUCGCGUUCCUGCAUCGCGAGGUUUUGAAAGGGGGGCUCUGCAUCAGACAAGCGACCACGCAGCGUGCCCGCACCGCAGUAAGCUGCUUAUAUCAGCAGCAGCAUACUGCUUGCACACUGAACGCCAGCCGACGGCGGAGUUGAGCAAGGGCUUCGGCCGGGGCUUGUUCUUCAGCGUGCCCGGUCCACUAUCAAGCCUACCAGGCAGCUGGAGGAAUAGACAAUGGGUAACCAACAGUCUGCGCAAGGCGCGGAGCAAGAAGCAUCGCCUAUACGCACCACCGAUGUGGUUGCCGAUGCCGAUGGCGACAUCGAGAACGCAGGCACAGCCAACGUCCGCGCCCAUGCCAUUGACGACCUUGGAAGCAUCGCCAGCAGCUUUCAGAGCCAAUCCGAUCUUUCGGAGUUCUUCCGGCCAGGCGCCGACAGCCUGAGCCGCUUCAGCACCAAGUCGGUGACGGCCGCCUCGGACCUGCUGCAGAACCCCAUCUUCGAGCACCACGACGAGGGCGAUGGCGAGGGCGAGCUGCACCCGCACUUUGAGGGCGAGGAGGAGGGCUGCGAGGAAGAGGCGGCGGCCGAGGGGGCCGAGGAGCAGGUUGGGGCGCUGCUGGCGGCCGAGGCCGUGCAGCUGGCGGAGGAACAGCAGCACCACCAAGCUCCCGAGGAGGAGGAGCAUUUCGUCGUGCCGCCCAAGAAUGUGGGCGCAGUGGUGGUGGCGGCGCUGGAGCAGGCCGCCGGUGCCGUGCAGCAGCAGCACGUGCAGCAGCAGGCGCCCGCGCCCGCAGGGCAGGGUUGGUCCCGCUCGCGCUCUGUGGCGGAGCAGCAGCAGGCGCCGGCCGGGAAGCAGCAGCAGGGUAAGGCCGAGCCGGAGCAGCCGGAGUCGGCGCAGGUGGGCAAGACGGCGUCGUCGUCGGCAGCUGCAGUGAGGGAGGCGGCGGUGGUGAAAGAGUCCGGUGUCAUGCAGGCGCCCGUGAAGGAGGCGCCGUUUCUGGCCCCGGCAGCCGUGGCCGCGGCCGCAGCACCUGCUGCCCCUGCUGCUAUGACCGCGUCUGCGGCCGAUGCUACCGUAACUGCGGCUGAGCGCAAGGUGGAUGCUCUGUCGGCCGCUGCGGCUGCAUCGGCGCCCGUUGCCGCCGCUGCUGCUGGCUCUGCAACCGCCGCUGCUGUAACCGCCGCCGCUUUCGACGCGGCCCCGGCGGCCGCGACCGCUGCUACCGCCACACCGAUUGCUGCUGCGCCCGUGUCUUUAAUUCCCGCCACGCCGCGCGUGGAGGAGGAGCGCACGGAGAAGAAGGCGCCCGCCGUCACUGCCGCCGCCGCGGCCCCUGAGGCGCCCGCUGCCAGCUCCAGCGCUGCGCCUGCAGCCGGAGGUGUGGCCGCUGCGGUUGCUGGGCCGGUUGCUGCUGCCGCCGGCACGGCGGCUAAGCCCGCAGCGGCUGCAGCCGUAGGGCCCGCCGCUGCGACAGCGUCAGCAACUGCGGCGGCCCCUGCAGGCGUGUCCACCGCCAAUGCGGCAGCUGCAGUGUCAGACGCCGUCCCGGCCAUCGUUAGCGCGUCCCGAGGUGUCGACGUGGCAACCGUAGCCGCUGCCGCGAUCCCGGCCGCGGCCGCGGCCACGUCUACCACGGCGAUCAGCGCGGCGGCAGCCCCUGCCGAACCCGAGGAGCUGAACUUCUCGGAGGUCAAGGCGCCGGAGGCCAACAAGGCCCCUGAGCCACAUGCGGCGGCAGCGAUGCCCCUGGAUUUCAAGGCGGCUCCGGCCGCUACUGCUGAUCACACCAUGGCGGCUACGACCGCUGCCGCUGCUGACAGCAAGGCGGCUACUGCCGCUGCCGCUGACACUCAGGCGGCUACGGCCGCUGCCGCUGACAUCAAGGCGGCUACGGCCGCCGCUGCUGACAGCAAGGCGGCUACGACCGCUGCCGCUGACAUCAAGGCGGCUGCGGCCCCUGCUGCUGAUUACAGCAAGGCGGCUACAGCCGCGGCCGCUGACAUCAAGGCGGCGACGGCCGCUGCCGCCGCUGACACCAAGGCGGCGACGGCCGCUGCCGCUGCUGACGGCAAGGCGGCUUCGGCCGCUGCCGCUGACACCAAGGUGGCUACGGCCGCUGCCGCCGAUGUGACCAAGGCGGCCACGGCCGCGGCCGCUGACAUCAAGGCGGCUACGGCCGCUGCCGCUGACACUCAGGCGGCUACGGCCGCGGCCGCUGACAUCAAGGCGGCUACGGCCGCUGCCGCUGACACUCAGGCGGCUACGGCCGCUGCUGCUGACAGCAUGGCGGCUGCUGCCGCUGCCGCUGACACUCAGGCGGCUACGGCCGCGGCCGCCGACAUCAAGGCGGCUGCGGCCGCUGCUGCUGACAUCAGUGCGGCUGCUGCCGCUGCCGCUGACAUCAAGGCGGCUACGGCCGCCGCCGCUGACACCAAGGCCGCGGCCGCCCUGGCGAAGGAGGCUUUGCCGGUGGACACGGACGCUGCCCAGGCACUGGCCGCUGCCCAGGUGGUGGCGACGGAGCUGCAGGUGGCACCCGCCUCCCGCCGCGUCACAGCUGGCCCCGAUACGCCGGCUGCGACCCCCACGGGCCCCACCGUGGCGCCCUGGGAGACCAGCCCCGCAGGUGCCUCGCCGCCGUUGCCCGCUGCCGCUGCCGCUGCCGCUGCCGCUGCCGCUGCCGCUGCCGCUGCUCCCAUGGCCGCCGCGGCUACUGCCUUCGCGGAGCCAUCGGUGGUGAUGGAGCUUGCAGCGGGCAAGGUGCCCAUCGCCGCCACUACGGCUGUAACUACGGCUAACGCUGAGGCGCCCGUGGUGGCCACGGUGUUCUCCACUCCCAUCAAGGAGGCACCGGCCUCUGCCGCAGGCUCCGCUGCCGAGCCGGCGACCUUCUCCUCGCCGCCGCCCUCGGUGGUCCUGACGCAGGCUCUGGAGUCGCGGCCGCAUGCACUGGAGGCCGCGCCCGCGGCUCUGGCGCCCGCGGCCGCUGGCGGCAAGCCGCCGGUGGCGCCCGCCGCGCUGAGCGCCGCGCCGGCGGCUCUGAAGGCGGCGCCGGCGGCGCUCAAGGCCACGCCGUCGUCCUCUGCCAGGACUUCGCCCAGCGUCUCCUCGGGCGGCGCCGCGCUGCCAGCCCCCGCGGCUGCCCCGGCCGACAUGGCCACAGUGCUGGCAUCCCUCACGGCCGAGCCCAGCACUGGCGCCCCCGCCGUUAAGCUGCCGCCGGCCGAGGCCGUGGCCGCCGCCACCAGCGGCAUCGCGCCCGGCGCCGUCGUGCUGGCCGCCGCCGCCUCGGUGCCCGAGGACGCGGUCACGCCCGCCUUCGCCGAGGCCGCUGACUCCGCCGGUGCCCAGGACGCGGCUCGCGUGGCCACGUCGCGCAUGUUCGCGGCAGUCCUGGAGGCGGACAGCGCCGUAACGCCCGCACCUGGCGCACCCGCGGCGGCGGUGGGCACUCCUGCUGCGGCCGCGACCACGGUGCCCGCCGCCGCUGCUACCGCUGCUUCCGGCGCCGUCGCGGCUGCCACCGCGGCGGCCGCUGCCGCUGCUGUGCAGGCCGAGGCCAAGGCAUCGGUCGCUGUUGGCUCCGGCGCCGCAGCCGCUGGCUCAGCCGCCAAGGCCUCGGAGCAGAUCGCCGCCAACACCAGGGCGGGUGUCUUUGCUGCGGUCGAGACCGCCGCGAAGGCCGCGGACGGCGCCGCUCUUUCCGCAUGGUCGAGGGGCGAGCAGGCCGUGCAGGCUGUGCAGGCCGCGACCGCUGAGGCUGAUGAUGCCGCGCAGGCUGCUACCUUGGCGGCUGACGAGGUUGUGCAGGCCGCGACUGCCACCGCUGGCAAGGCCGAUGGUAUCGCAAAGGCGGCGGCUGGCAAGGCCGACGAGGUCGCGGCCAUGGCCACUUCCACGACCGCUGACGCGGCGACGGCAGCCACCACAAAGGCUGACGCAGCGACUAAGGGUGCCGCUGCAGCGGUGGAUGAGGUCUCCAAGGCGGCCAGUGGCAAGGUAGACGAGGCCGCAAAGGCCGCGGCCACCCAGGCCCAGCAGACCACCGCCGGCGCGACCACUGCCGCCACCGGUGUCCUGGGCGCUGGCUUCGCCAAGGCCGAUGAGGCCGCCGCCACCGCGACCACUGCCGCCACCGGUGUCCUGGGGACUGGCUUCGCCAAGGCCGAUGAGGCCGCCGCCUCCGCGACCACUGCUGCCACCGGUGUCCUGGGCGCCGGCUUCGCCAAGGCCGAUGAGGCCGCCGCCACCGCGACCACUGCCGCCACCGGUGUCCUGGGCGCCGGCUUCGCCAAGGCCGAUGGGGCCGCCGCCUCCGCGACCACUGCUGCCACCGGUGUCCUGGGCGCUGGCUUCGCCAAGGCCGAUGAGGCCGCCGCCUCCGCGACCACUGCCGCCACCGGUGUCCUGGGCGCCGGCUUCGCCAAGGCCGAUGGGGCCGCCGCCUCCACGACCACUGCCGCCACCGGUGUCCUGGGCGCCGGCUUCGCCAAGGCCGAUGAGGCCGCCGCCACCGCGACCACUGCCGCCACCGGUGUCCUGGGCGCUGGCUUCGCCAAGGCCGAGGAGGCCGCCGCCACCGCGACCACUGCCGCCACCGGUGUCCUGGGCGCCGGCUUCGCCAAGGCCGAUGGGGCCGCCGCCACCGCGACCACUGCCGCCACCGGUGUCCUGGGCGCCGGCUUCGCCAAGGCCGAUGGGGCCGCCGCCUCCGCGACCACUGCUGCCACCGGUGUCCUGGGCGCUGGCUUCGCCAAGGCCGAUGAGGCCGCCGCCUCCGCGACCACUGCCGCCACUGGUGUCCUGGGCGCCGGCUUCGCCAAGGCCGAUGGGGCCGCCGCCUCCGCGACCACUGCCGCCACUGGUGUCCUGGGCGCCGGCUUCGCCAAGGCCGAUGGGGCCGCCGCCACCGCGACCACUGCCGCCACCGGUGUCCUGGGCGCCGGCUUCGCCAAGGCCGAUGGGGCCGCCGCCUCCGCGACCACUGCCGCCACCGGUGUCCUGGGCGCCGGCUUCGCCAAGGCCGAUGGGGCCGCCGCCACCGCUACCACUGCCGCCACCGGUGUCCUGGGCGCCAGCCUCUCCAAGGCCGAUGAGGCCGCCGCGUCCGCGACCACUGCCGCCACCGGUGUCCUGGGCGCUGGCUUCGCCAAGGCCGAUGAGGCCGCCGCCUCCGCUACCACUGCCGCCACUGGUGUCCUGGGCGCCGGCUUCGCCAAGGCUGAUGGGGCCGCCGCCUCCGCGACCACUGCCGCCACUGGUGUCCUGGGCGCCGGCUUCGCCAAGGCCGAUGUGGCCGCCGCCUCCGCGACCACUGCCGCCACCGGUGUCCUGGGCGCCGGCUUCGCCAAGGCCGAUGGGGCCGCCGCCUCCACGACCACUGCCGCCACCGGUGUCCUGGGCGCCGGCUUCGCCAAGGCCGAUGGGGCCGCCGCCUCCGCGACCACUGCCGCCACCGGUGUCCUGGGCGCCGGCUUCGCCAAGGCCGAUGGGGCCGCCGCCUCCGCGACCACUGCCGCCACCGGUGUCCUGGGCGCUGGCUUCGCCAAGGCCGAUGGGGCCGCCGCCACCGCGACCACUGCCGCCACCGGUGUCCUGGGCGCCAGCCUCUCCAAGGCCGAUGAGGCCACCGCGGGCGCGACCACUGCCGCCACCGGUGUCCUGGGCGCCAGCCUCUCCAAGGCCGAUGAGGCCGCCGCGUCCGCGACCACUGCCGCCACCGAUGUCCUGGGCGCUGGCUUCGCCAAGGCCGAUGGGGCCGCCGCCUCCACGACCACUGCCGCCACCGGUGUCCUGGGCGCCGGCUUCGCCAAGGCCGAUGGGGCCGCCGCCACCGCGACCACUGCCGCCACCGGUGUCCUGGGCGCCGGCUUCGCCAAGGCCGAUGGGGCCGCCGCCACCGCGACCACUGCCGCCACUGGUGUCCUGGGCGCCGGCUUCGCCAAGGCCGAUGAGGCCGCCGCCUCCGCGACCACUGCCGCCACUGGUGUCCUGGGCGCCGGCUUCGCCAAGGCCGAUGAGGCCGCCGCCUCCGCGACCACUGCCGCCACCGGUGUCCUGGGCGCCGGCUUCGCCAAGGCCGAUGAGGCCGCCGCCUCCGCGACCACUGCCGCCACCGGUGUCCUGGGCGCUGGCUUCGCCAAGGCCGAUGAGGCCGCCGCCUCCGCGACCACUGCCGCCACUGGUGUCCUGGGCGCUGGCUUCGCCAAGGCCGAUGAGGCCGCCGCCUCCGCGACCACUGCCGCCACUGGUGUCCUGGGCGCCGGCUUCGCCAAGGCCGAUGGGGCCGCCGCCACCGCGACCACUGCCGCCACCGGUGUCCUGGGCGCUGGCUUCGCCAAGGCCGAUGGGGCCGCCGCCUCCGCGACCACUGCCGCCACUGGUGUCCUGGGCGCUGGCUUCGCCAAGGCCGAUGAGGCCGCCGCCUCCGCGACCACUGCUGCCACCGGUGUCCUGGGCGCUGGCUUCGCCAAGGCCGAUGAGGCCGCCGCCUCCGCGACCACUGCCGCCACCGGUGUCCUGGGCGCUGGCUUCGCCAAGGCCGAUGGGGCCGCCGCCUCCGCGACCACUGCCGCCACUGGUGUCCUGGGCGCUGGCUUCGCCAAGGCCGAUGAGGCCGCCGCCUCCGCGACCACUGCUGCCACCGGUGUCCUGGGCGCUGGCUUCGCCAAGGCCGAUGGGGCCGCCGCCUCCGCGACCACUGCCGCCACUGGUGUCCUGGGCGCUGGCUUCGCCAAGGCCGAUGGGGCCGCCGCCUCCGCGACCACUGCCGCCACUGGUGUCCUGGGCGCUGGCUUCGCCAAGACCGAUGAGGCCGCCGCCUCCGCGACCACUGCUGCCACCGGUGUCCUGGGCGCUGGCUUCGCCAAGGCCGAUGAGGCCGCCGCCUCCGCGACCACUGCCGCCACUGGUGUCCUGGGCGCUGGCUUCGCCAAGGCCGAUGAGGCCGCCGCCUCCGCGACCACUGCCGCCACCGGUGUCCUGGGCGCCGGCUUCGCCAAGGCCGAUGAGGCCGCCGCCUCCGCGACCACUGCCGCCACCGGUGUCCUGGGCGCUGGCUUCGCCAAGGCCGAUGAGGCCGCCGCCUCCGCGACCACUGCCGCCACUGGUGUCCUGGGCGCCGGCUUCGCCAAGGCCGAUGAGGCCGCCGCCUCCGCGACCACUGCCGCCACUGGUGUCCUGGGCGCUGGCUUCGCCAAGGCCGAUGAGGCCGCCGCCUCCGCGACCACUGCCGCCACCGGUGUCCUGGGCGCCGGCUUCGCCAAGGCCGAUGGGGCCGCCGCCACCGCGACCACUGCCGCCACCGGUGUCCUGGGCGCCGGCUUCGCCAAGGCCGAUGGGGCCGCCGCCACCGCGACCACUGCCGCCACCGGUGUCCUGGGCGCCGGCUUCGCCAAGGCCGAUGGGGCCGCCGCCUCCGCGACCACUGCCGCCACUGGUGUCCUGGGCGCUGGCUUCGCCAAGGCCGAUCAGCCCGCUGCCGCUGCCAAGGCCUCUGCUGCAUCGGCCACCGCUGCUUUCGCGGCGACCGCCAGCAUGGACGCCAAGUCGCUUUCGGUGGCAUCUGAUACGAUGCUGCCGCCAACUACUGGCAGCCCGGAGUCCGGCAUGACUGCCACCACAACCACCCCCGCCACCGUCUAUUCCAGCAGCGGCGCGUCCGCCGCCACUGCCGCCGCCGCCAGCCUAGCUGCCGCCACCGCCACCGUGGCCGCGGCCGGCGAGGCGGCUUCCAAGGAGGCUGUGUCGUACGCCAAGGCAGCUGUGGGGUCGGCUGACGCGGCCGCUCCUGCCGCCCCAAUACCCUUCGGCGUCGGCGACCGCCUGCGCUCGCACCGUGUGGCGGACUUCACCGUGUCCUCUGACGAGGAGGACAAUGACGCGGAGGAGGAGGGAGUGGAGGCGGGCGGUGCCACGGUCAGCAAGGUCGCGUCGCCGGCCGCCGCCAGCGCCAGCGCCACCGCCACCGCCACCGCCAGCGCCGGCGCCAGUGCCACCGCCACCGCCAGCGCCGGCGCCAGUGCCGGCGCCGGCGCCAUGGCCGUGGCCAAGGCGGCCGAGGGCGACGCUGCCGGCAAACCGGCGCCCGUGGACGGUGUCGUGGCGGCGGCGCGCAGCCUGCACACGGACGCCGCUGGCGCCGUGGCGGUGGCCGGCGAGGCAGUGACCGGGCCCCUGGGUGCCGCGGCGGCUGCGGCGACUACGGUGGCUGCAGCAGCGGAGCACGUGAGCGCGUCUGGCAAAACGACGGUGGCCGCCGCCGGCAAAGCUAUCGAUGCUGCCACCACCGAGGCCUCGGCCGCCGCCUCCAAGACGGGCGCGGAGAUGGCUUCCGCUGCCGCUGACGUGGUCGCCAAGGGCAAGGCGGCCGCGGCGGACGUUAUCACUGGCAACCGCAACGUCGAGGUGGCCGCCGCCGGCGACAAGGGCAACGUCGAGGCGGCCACCGCCGGCGACAAAGGCAACGUCGAGGUGGCCACCGCCGGCGGCAACGGCAAGGUCGAGGUGGCCACCGCCGGCGGCAACGGCAAGGCCGGCAGCGGCAAGCCCAGCAGCGGCAAGCCCAGCAGCGGCAAGCCGGCCAAGGGCGGUCUGUUCAGCUGCUUUGCCUGCUUCGGCGGCAGCUCGACCGCUGACCAUUAAAGCACGUCUUCCACACUGCUGUGUGUCAAUUUGGGCAACAAGAGAGACCGGAGAGAUCAUGACAGAGCCAGCCUUAUUUGUUCGAGCUGGGUCGUUUAGCAACACACUGUAUGCGAGGUAAUGGCUUCAACCUAAGAACAAACAUCGGGCUGGUGUCUCGGGUGUUCGCCGCCUGGCGGGUAUAGUUUGUCGUAACCUAUCAAGUUGGGGAGAAAAUUACAAGUAGUUCGCCGUAUAAUAUUCGUCUCCGCACGCAUGAGUUGCCUAUGGCGCGUCAGUAAUGCAGUUCUGGUGCGUCGCCGGCGUGCAUGUGGCGCCCGGCUGACUUCACAACGGAGAGUAUGGUCGUGUUCACAGCACCCCGGAACACCCCGUUCAUAGCAGGCCGGUGGUGAGUUCGGAUGAGCUCUUUGAAGCAGUCAUUUGUCGUCGUUGUCGCAAUAGCACAAUUAGUGGGUGAGUUGCUGCGUGAUGUUUGAUGUUGCUGAGCGAGAGGUCUCAGGUCGGCACGCGGUCGUGGUGCGUGUGCGGUGAGGAGCCGCGCAUGUGGUGAUCUGAAUCGGCAUAAAGGCACCAUCGUAUGCCCGGUGAGACCUUCUUAUUCGACAGCACAAUCAUGUGGUGCGUGAGUCGAAUAAAAGUUUACAGUAAAUGACCUUACAAUGGACUUCUUUAUCAUAGAACUUGUGGUCCAUCCGCGAAGAGCAAGUGUGAACUGGAUGGACAAAGGGCGAGGUUUGAACGGGGUAAUCUUCCGAUCCAUGACGCACAUGACGCAGGUAAUCGCACCUGGUGUUAGUGGUGCGCGCUGUAUCGGGUUAUGCAUGCGGUGACGAGUGAGUGCGGUCUGGGAGUAGGCGCGAAGAAGUGGCCAUGGGCGUACAGGUUGGAGGUACAGGAUGCGAAGGGAGGGUGGCCGGUAAGGCGCAGUGCAGGUGGGAAAUGCGCCUGGGCGGUAUCUUGUAUGCACGCCGCACGUUAUUUGUCGUCACGACGAAACAUCUGGUGGGUGCGACUACUGUAUGUUGCAUAAUGCAUGCGACGCAACCCUGUACAUAAAAGCGUGACGCUGCGUGGUGGGAUGAGACGCAAGGCACGGACACGCGCCCACAUAUGGAGGGAAGUGAUGAGGGCUGAGGAGCAAGGGUGGUGGCAGUCAGCAAUUAGGUGAUGCGUAGUGUUGAGGGAAAGUCGCGCAUGAGGAGUGGGAGAGGAGUUCGGGAGCAGUGAAUGCGCAGGAUGCGCCGUGUGCACCCACACAUGGCGGCGCCAGGAGCUGAGCAUGCGGCACCGUACAUGACAUCAGGCGCCCCGCGCCAAGCAAUACAUCAGGACACGGCAAGUGGCACGGCACUGUGGAAUAUUAAGAUGUCUUAUUUGUUGGAGGUAUUCGAACACGCCAGGGCAAUCAAAUUAAGGCCCUGUGAGAGGGUGUGGCGAAGUAGUUUCUGGGGCCCUGUUGACGGCGAGGGAUUAAUCUUUGUUUUGAGGCACCCUGGGUUCUGCAUGACAGCAUGAGUGGCAGAACCCAGGAGUGGACUGAUAUGGCGCACUGCAAUUGGGGACUGCAGGUUGUGCUUGGACGACAACAACAUUGGAUUUGAGGGGCUGCACGAAGGCUGAAGAUAUGUGAGACACACGACGUGACCGCGCCAGUCAACGCAGAAAUUCUUGUAACAACUAAUGUAAUGCCUAUUGCAUGUAAAUAGGCGGCGGGGAAAUUCUUGCUACAACUGCGGGUGUCAGGAGAUGGCCAUCAAGCGGCUUGGGGGGCUGAAGGAGGGGCAGCGGCCCUGGUCGGUCAAAGUCUGCAACGACUGCUUGACGACCUGGGUGAGGACCGUGCAUGUGCGGGGACGGCUGGGCACUGGGGACGGAUUGAUUGACAGGUUGACGGUUGGGACAGCUCAUGUGCGCUCUCCUCUUCCUCCCCGUUUCCCAUCCCCAGAACCGCGACGUCUCCGCCGCCAACGUGAUCCGUGUGCUCCUCGUGCUGAAGCUGAUGGGCUUCGAGCGGCCGACCAAGCUGCAGCGGCCGCCAUGGCCGCCGCCGGCGGCGGGGCCGGGCUGAGAGCCUGAACGGCGCUAGCAGGGCGUGGGGCUGAGGGUGCACGUGUCGAUUGGCGGCGAGUGACGUGACUAGUUUGUUAGCUGCGGGUUAGCACGGACUGUGCACCCCACCCAACCGGCCAUGUCCGGAUUUGCGGGGAUGCCAAAGGCCCCCAACAUAGAGGCGUGUGCUUAGUAGGCGCCCGCGUCAAGGUGGCGGGGUUGAUAACGACCCGGGAUCAGCCCUUUUCCUGCCAUAAGGCAGCCACCUCCUUGUUGUAACAACUCCCGCAU